AUGUCACAAAAGGUCGCCGAAGCCUCCAGCAAUGAGGAGCGUCUCCCAGACGAGACUUGGGAAGCUUUUAAGGAUGUCGACUUCAAUAGUCGGCCCAGCAACGACUGGACAGUACAGAAUAUACCACCGGAGCUACGGGGAGAUGAAGACGACUCGAACUUGCCUGAAAAGCUCAAACAAAUUCUUGCUUGGUCAUUGUCCCCUGACCUCCCUCCACCGCCACCAAGCAAUGAGAGGCAAACUGUUCAACCGACGGAAGGGUUUAAUGUUCGAGACUCUGUCCAUGAACAAGACGAUUACAAUCCUCAUCAGACGAUUACAGAAUCGAAUGGUCGCUCUGUGGCCGCUGAGGGAUUUGACAACGACGACACAUCUGAAUCUCGAAGCACACAGUCCGAGCGCCGUUCUGAGAGAAGUCGACUGAGAGCACGAUACCUUGGAGGCGGAGUUCUUGGGUCUACGCUGGGCCUUAUCACUACCCUCAAGGGCAAAGCGGACAGGGAGUCAUUGCAGGCUUCUGCCAGUGCAAAGACACUGUCAAAGUCUGCGACUCAGGUUGAAUGCACAAGUUGCUUUGAAGAGGCUUCCGAGGACGAGACGAGGAAACUUCCUUGCAACCACUCAUAUUGCAAGUCCUGCUUGACGACCCUGAUCACAACCGCCCUCCAAAACGAAUCUAGCUUUCCGCCCAAAUGUUGCUUGACAGAGAUUCCAUUGCAGACGGUUUUGUUGUCACUCGACGCUAAACACAGGGAGUUAUAUAAAGAGAAGGUUGCUGAAUAUGCCAUUGCACCUCAAGAAAGAUGGUAUUGCCCGAACACAAAAUGCUUGAAAUGGAUCCCACCCUCAAAGCUACAACGCAUCCGCAUAUUGAACAUGAGAUGUCCCCAUUGUGCAACCAAGAUUUGCAGUAUAUGUCGCGGCUUGGCUCAUCGAGAUUCUGCAGAUUGUCCUCAAGACUUCGGUCUCGAGGCCACGAUGGUGCUCGCUGAACUGCAAGGCUGGCGACGUUGUUUCAAGUGCCGCACCAUGGUCGAGUUCUGUUACUCUUGUGGCGCAAAGUGGCGGAGUUGCGCUUGCACCGAGGCGGACGACAACAACCGUCAAGAAGAGUUGAGACGCCUUAGAGAUGAAAGGGCCGAGAUAGCGGAUGCCGAAGCUGCGGAGAUCAAUCGAAUAAUCGCUCAAGUCGAGGAGGUGGAGCGACUUCAGGCCGAGGAACGUCGAAGAGAAGAACAGAGACAAGAAGAAGAGCGGCGCAGAGAAGAGGCUGAACUUGCGAGGCUUGAGGAGCAGCGCCUGCAAGAGGAGGCCAAUAGGCGAGCUGAAGAAGAACGAAUGGCCCAAGAAUUGCGACGGAUUCUCAAACUCUCGGUCGAGGAAACAUGUGAUAAAAUCCAGACUGCAUGGAACGGUAUUCUGCAAACACAGAAGAAGACCCUGGACAACAGACACUUGAACGCCGAACAACAAUAUAUGCUUCUCCGUGACGAGGCACGGGCGCGACAACAGGAAGAGAAUAGCGAGAUAUUGGCAAAGAUGGAAUCCAAUAUUGCGAAGAGGACCACCAGCGUCAAGGAAAGACACGAUAUGGAGGUGAGAACUUUUGACACUGAGCAGCAAGAGCUGGAAGACGACAUGUUCUUGGAAAUUAAGCUGCACCUCCGCGGGAAGCAGGACAAGGAAGCACGAGAACGCCGUCUUCAGGAACGAUUCCAGAGGCAGCGCGAAGAGAAACAACAAGAAAUGCUCUCGAAGCAUCAAUCCGAACUAGACGCCCUGCAAAUGAAUGCCACAAUGGAACUCCAAGGCCUGACACUGUCUAAUGAGAGCAAGCUGGCCAGACUUGAGCACAAAUCCCGAGUGGAUUUCGAGCCUUUGCUGGUAAGUGUCGCAGCAGAUCGCGCAUGGUUUGGCUUCCUCUCAGAGAGACGUCAAAACAUGGUAGACGAAAAUCGGCGGUUGAUGCUCGAGGCCCUGAAUGCUGGUCAGGAGCCGGUUGGCUUGACCAAGGAAACGGCCACAGCAGUUGGGCCAUAUCUAACAAACGUGCAGCGCAAAGCACGUGGGAUCGACUCGUCGCCUCGCCUUGACAAUGCGCCUCUUCAGGAGAGCAGACAGGAGCCGUGGAAAGAGGUGCUGUCACCGUCGCCGGCAAGCAGUGCAUCACCAGCACGCUCUCUGUUCGAGCUUGCAGCGACGUCCCAGCACUUGUUGAACAGUCUAGAUGUAUCAGCUACCACUCCAGAGCCGAACGACGAGAAACCACACCUCACAGCCAACACCGCCUUUGCGUGGAUGACCGGUGACAACGCCCCGGAAAACGCUGACCCUGCCACGACGCCGCGCUCUCCGCCAGCUCGGAGUCAUGGACUCAACCGCCAACCUCGUACACACGCUGCACCCAUGAGAUUUGCAACGACAACCGACCUAGUCCCGAUGGCAAUGUCGGGUGCUCUGCACCGUAGAGCAAACUCGACAUCGCCCAAGGACCAUGCUGAAGUUCCGGCUUCAAUUCCAGCCCCUCUACAAGCUGGGAGACGGCGGUUACAAGCACAUUCAGAGGGCUGGGACGCACCAGAGCACUACGUGAACACUCGACCACCGACACCGCCAGUGCCCAAAGUGCCGGCUAUCUACCUCGACCAACAUUCCAGCACCCGGGCGGGGAUGGGGGAGAGUUCAUCCACGAGCGCGAUGCAACAGCCGAGAGUACUGGGUAUCCUCUUCCUCGUCCUCGACCUCAGCCUCCAGCUCGCUCCUGGCUGCUUCAACGGCAGCGACAUCCCGAUCGUCGUCGUCCUCCCCUUCUUCCCGCGCCACAAGCAUCCGCAGCAGCGGGGACAGCCUGUUCCUGCACAGUCUGAUCACCUCGACGACCAACGCCGCCACCGCGGCAGGCCGACCAUCGACGUCGUCGCUCUCGCCCGUCUCGCCGAUCUCACCCAGUGCCGAAAACGAACGGGCGACGAAACAGAAGCCCAGUGCCGGUUCCAGAACCAGACACGGGUCCCCGCUACGGAGGCGGCCGGCGCGAUCAGUCUGGUCGAUUCUAAGCUGAGCAUGAUACUGUCAAUCCAUCCAUUGUGGUUGUGGGUGGUGGGGGUCCCUCCGGAGAAAGUUGGUUCAGCUACACAUUUGGGCAUUGGGGCGAUUUGA